AUGGAAAAGACUGCUCGAAACGUACCGUUCAGUGUCCUCUUGCCAGACGCCCUUGGUGGCAUCAACGACCAUUUGGCCAAGGUUGAGGAUGACCUCGUCAGGCUGCUGCUUGGGAGGGAAGCCGGCCUGCCACUUGGUGCCGGUAGACUCCUCGAAGAGCUGCCAGACACGGGCGUAGGAGCGCCAGAGGGUGGAGAUGGCCGCCUUUCGGGCACCAUCGUAGGGGUGCUCGGCGAGAGGGGCGACCUUGCCCAUGGCGUCGCCAAGGUACUGCCUGAUGGCAUCAGCACCGCAAGAGUGGGUGAUGACGUCGCCAAGAACCUCGAGAGCAAUCUCCUGCUCAAGAGCAACGGCGGUGACACCGGCGAAGUCGUCGAGGUCCUCCCAGUCGGCGUCCUCAUCCAUACCCUCCUCGUCGUCCUCGUCGACGGCCUUGAAGUUGAGCUUCUUGCCGCCAGAGAGCAGCAGGCCCUCGGGGAUGUCCUCCUCCUUGAGGCCGGGGAUGGAGACGGACUCCUCCUCAAGCUCAAGGCAGUCGAAGAGACCCUUGAAGACACCGGGGAGGAAGUGAGCGAACUCGCUGCCGUAGACCUUGGACAGGGAGGCCCAGAGGAUGAAGCUGGUCUCCUUGAGGCGGGCGUUGUCGAGGCUGAGAGCCUCCUCGCUGGCCUUCAUGAGGUCCAUGACGUAGGGCUGGAACUCCUGGGCGCCAACAGCGUCGGCAAUGCGGCCCAUGGAGUCGCAGACGGACGAGCGGAGAGCAAGGGCCUCCUCGCUGUCCUUGAUGGUGACGUACUGGCCGAGAGCGCCCAUGACGUCCUUGAAGUAGGGCUUGAACUGCUCGCCACCGAGAGCGGAAGCGAUGGCGCCAAUGGCACCGGCAGCAGCAGCCUUGACGGCGAAGUCCUCGUGGCCGAGGAGCUUGCCCAUGGGGACAAUCAGCUUGGGGCCGAACUCCUUGAUCAGCUCGUCGUCAAGACCCUCGCCAAUGAGAGAGUCGAGAGCGCCACAGGCGGCGCGAAUGAUUCUGACGCUCUGCUUGUCGGAGGCGCCGGCGACGGCCUCAAGGUUGGUGAGGAGGGCGCUGAUGAGCUCCCGGUGCUUGGGGGAGAGCUCGUCGGCCAUCUCGUCGGCGAGGUGGAUGAGACCGACGAGGGCAGCGUGACGGACAGAGCCGUCCUGGUCGUUCAGGAGCUGGAGAACGACGGGCAGCAGAGGCUGGAGCUGGGUGGCAAUGAAGUCAGGCGCACCCUCAGCGGCAGUACCGAGAGACAGAAUGGCGGACUUGCGGUGGCCGGGGUUGGGGUUCUGGGCGAACUGAGCGAACUGCUCAAGGAGAGGCACGAUGACCUGGCGGGGAGGCAGAUCGCUGGCCAGCUGGUCGAUGAGAGACAGAGCGGUUCUGGCGGGAGAGUUGUCGUCGUCCUCGUCAUCAGUGUCAAUCUCGGUGACGACCUGCAUGCUCUUGACCAUGAGCAGAGCACCCAUGUCCUUCAUGGCCUGGAGCUUCAUGCGGCGGUAACGGGCGCACUGGCUCAGGAAAGCCAGGGCCUGGGAGCGAGCAUCCUCCUCGACCUCGGUGUUGACGGCGAGGUCAAUCAUGAAGUGGAUAAGGUCCUUAAGGUGGGCAGCAAGGAAGGCGGAGUCGAUCUCGACCAUGGGCUGGACAAGCUGCUGAAUGAGGUUCAGGCUCUGGGUGUCCUCCUCGGGGUCGACGAGCAUCAGCAGAGCGCCGACGGACUUGACGGAGCUCAGGCGGACAUCGGCGCUGGCAGGGUCGACGAUGGUCUUCUGGACGAGGCCGAGAAGCUGCUGGGUCUGCUCGGCGAAGUGGGUGGGGUCGUUCUCGAGGAGAGCGAACAGGAUGUAGGAGCCAACCUCGCGGUGAGCGACGUUGUCGGAGGUGUUCAGGGACAGGACUCCACGAACAAAGUCCUGGCCCUCGCCAUCCUCGAGGUCGAGGCCGACGGCGCAAGCCAGAAGGCGCGACUUGGAGUGGCGCGAAGAAGCAGACUGAUCGUUCAGAAUGCUCUCCAGAAUGUGCUUCUUGGCAAGCUCACGCUUGUCAGCGGGCAGCUUGGACCAGUGCCUGGGAGUCAGGCGCAGCGCCUGGACAGAGGCCAGCUGACGGAUCGCGGGGUCAUCGUGGGAGAUGGUGAUCUCGAUCAGGAGGAGAAGAGAAUCGGGCUGGGAGUAGUAGUUCUUCUGCAGCUCGGCCGUGACAGCCUUGACCUUCUCGGUAUCGGCUGGAGAGGAGAGAGCAGGCGAGAGCCACAAAGCGAAAAGAAGCGAGGGCGAGGAAAUGACGGAGGCUGGUUUUUGACUGGGUUUGCUACCGGGGUGGCACAGGGCGACGGGGACGUCAAAGGGGAGUAA